CCCGGGCCAAUCGGCGGCGGCGGCGGGGGGUACGGAUGUGCGGGCGGGACGGGGCCCGGGCCGCUGCCGGGAUCGCAUUGUCCCGCCCGCCCUCGUACCGGGACGGCCGCUCCCGCCCCGGCUGCGGCAGUGUCGGCAGCUUCCUUCAACCAUGCUGCCCGCGGCUGGGAGCCCUGCCGUGCGCCCGGGCCGCCGGCAGUGCGCUGACUCCUGGUGAAGAGCUACGGGUUUUACCGUUUAACGUGUGUGCCACGGCUGCGCCGGGCUAGGGGGGUGCCGCAGGACCCCCUGAGCACGCUGCCACUUAGAUUCGAGAGCACUUUAGCAUCUCCUUGGGGUGCUUCCCUCUUUCUUCAGUUGGCUCCAACAAGCAUCAUGAGGUUUCUAAGUAGUUUUACCAUACCUUUUGAUGCCUCCAAAGAAGAAGUGUACCCACAAGGCCAGGAAGGCAGAGCUGAUUUUCCUUGAGAAGCCAUGGGCAGGACCCAUCCAUUGUUAUGAAACUCCACUGCAUUUAGCUGAGAAUCCCAGACGUCUGCCUACAAAACCUGUGGACCCGAACACCUCUGCUGCCUGGGUAUGCCCACAAUUUGACACAACUAAGGCAGUGGUGUUGAAAGCACGCCAGAAGAAGCAUCAUGGUCCUCAGAAGCCCUAUAAUCAGGAUGGUAACCACAGUUCAUUUCAUGCAGGAGGAGCUUGUCGAGGAGCUGUAGCCUGCAGAUUUCCUCCUUUAACUUUUGAGCAUCCAGAAGGGCAUGCAGUCCCUCUGUUGGAUGAUCCAAACUGCUUGAGAAAGAAUGCACAAUACUCUCCCAUCCAGCCUAAGAAAGGGACAGUAGCAAAUGCCAACAUCCAGGUGAAGAGUCCAGAGAACUGUGGAGAGCUUGCUCCCCAGCCUGUGGAGCAAGAUGUCCUUAGUCCAUCAGAUGCAGAGGCUGCACAGGUUCCUUCCCCAAGGAAUGAGAGGUGCAGCAACACUCUGUCACAAAGUAGUCAUGCCUGGCAUCCAGAAGAAGAGUUGCCAUUCGGUAUUGAUCCGUGUGGGAGAGGGGAAGCGGCAGCAGUACUGGUUACAGAUACUCCCGAGCACGAGUACGGAGUAAAGGUCACCUGGAGACGGCGGCCGCACAUAAUGAAGUACUUGCGGGAGCAAGGGAAGCUGAGCGCUGCGGACAUCCUGGUGAAGGCAAACAUCGAGCUCUCGAGAAGACAGGCCCACACCUGACCUGGCGGGAGCAGCCACUCUGCUGCGUGCCAGCACACGCCCGAACAGAUGAUGUCCCUUUGGGGGCUGAAGAGGGGACGUGGUUUCAGCCGAGCCCUCUACUGCGCCUUGCAGAGCCUCCGACGAACGCCGGGGCGGGCGCGGGGGAGGGUCUUGGCGACGGAGGGGCGGGGUGGGGGGGGCGUAUUUGGGUCGGUCUUCCCUGGGGAAGUGUGUCUGGAAAGGGCUUUGUGCCCCACGCGGUUCCCGGCGGGACUGUUCCCCGCUCCUGGCGGAGGCGGCGGGCGGCUCCGGCGGGGAGGGACGGGGGAGGCCGUUGCGUUCAGCUGCGCUUGCGCGGCGCCUCGGCCAAUCGGCGGGCGGCGUGCUCGCGGCCCCGGCCAAUGGCGGCGCGCUUCAGUGCCGCGCGCCGUUGCUAAGGGCAGCGGCGGGCGGGGGCCCAUAGCAACGGCGGGGCCGCGAUGGACGGAGCGGGGGGACCCGGCGGUCCCGCCGCCCACAGGUGAGCGGGGCUUGGGGCGGCGGCGGCGGCGUGCCCGGGGCCGAACAGGCCUGGGCGGGGGCUGCCUCGCGUGGCAGCAGCGCCCGGUGCCGGGAUGAGCGGCCGCUGCGGGGCCCGGGCGGGCGGAGCCGCACGGCAACGGCCACGCGGAUCGGCGCUGCCCCGGUAACACCCGCGUGCCGCUGGCGGGCGACAGCCGCGCCGCUGUUUUAUGUGCGAGUGUGUUUUAUGUGCUUCACUCUUCAGCGUUGGUGUGCAUCAUCUGAAUACUUGAAGAUUAAACCGGUUUUGUGGUG